GUUUGGAUCCAAUAUCAUGAGACUUUUUCAGGAUAGAAAGGUAAUAACCUUAUAGCAUACAAUAACCAAGGUAACAAAUUAAAAAUCUGUUCAUGCCUGAACAUUUUUCUUUCUCUCUUUUUUUUUUUUCACAUAUGGGAUUAUAGUUUUAACUCAGUUUGGAGUAUUGCAGACAACUCAAUUAUCUACAAGGGCAAAGGAAAUUAGUGCUCCUCGAGGGUACUUUGCAUCCUCAUUUCCUGACAUAGAACCUAAUGUUCAGCAGUUGUUAAAUAAAUACCAAACAGACGCAUGACUGAAUGAAUAGCACCACAGAUUCACCUUUUUGGAGUUUUGCUGGCCAUUCUAGGAAACUUGGUAAUCAGUAUUUCCCUAAAUAUUCAGAAAUAUUCUCAUGUCCAGUUGGCACACCAGGAACACCCAAGGCCAUACUUCAAGAGUAUGUUGUGGUGGGCUGGGGCCGUGCUCAUGGCCGUUGGGGAGAUGGGCAACUUUGCAGCCUACGGAUUUGCCCCCAUUACUCUCAUCGCUCCGUUAGGCUGUGUGUCUGUUACAGUUCUACAACAGGGAAUGAUAAUUUUGGGUCACUCAGUACCUCCAUACAGUUAGAGUUGAUUGAGCCUGGGAGCACGCUCAAUGUGUCCACAUGUUUGAAGCUUGAUGGUAGUGCCAUUAUUUCUGUUAUGUUUCUGAAAGAAAAUUUAAGAGCUUCAGAUUUACUAGGUAUGACACUGGGAUUUGCAGGAACCUAUUUAUUGGUGAACUUUGCUCCAAAUAGAACUCAGUCUAUCUCUGCAAGAACAGUACAGUAUUACUUUGUUGGCUGGCAGUUCCUGAUCUAUGUGAUUUUCGAAAUAUUAAUUUUCUGCACCCUCCUCUAUUUCCAUAAAAGAAAAGCAAUGAAGCACGUGGUGAUCCUGCUAAGCCUGGUGGCACUUCUAGCCUCGUUGACUGUCAUUUCAGUAAAAGCAGUCUCAGGCAUGAUCACUUUUUCUGUGACGGAUAAAAUGCAACUAACUUAUCCCAUCUUCUAUAUCAUGUUUAUCAUCAUGAUAGCGUCUUGUGUUUUCCAAGUCAAGUUCCUGAAUCAUGCCACGAAGCUCUACAACACAGCGAUGGUGGUGCCCAUUAACCAUGUUUUCUUCACGACCAGCGCCAUUAUCGCAGGUAUCAUAUUUUAUCAGGAAUUCCUUGGUGCAGCUUUUCUUACCAUAUUUAUAUAUAUUUUUGGGUGUUUUCUGUCAUUCCUUGGUGUGUUUCUGAUCACAAGAAAUCGAGAUAAGGAACAUCUGCCACAGUCUUACAUUGAUUUUGGAAAUAUUCCUGGGAAACAAACACUGGACAAAAUACAACCAGAUUCAAAUGGCUUAUCCUAUGGAACUUUGCCUGAUGGAAGUGACUCAACGAAGAGCCAAAGUGGAGAGAAGAAAGAGGUCUAAAAUGCCGAGAGGGAUGGCUUCUGGCCUGUUAUUCGAUAUCACCUUUGAAAAAAACUGCACAUGUUCCAUUUGUGUCCACAGCUUUUCUGUGCUGACAUGUGCUAGCUAGCAUUACCGGUCCUUCACCGUGUCUCCAUUUGUGCGGACAGCGGGGCCUUCCUAAGCCUUGACAGCCUCAUGUCUUCAUGGAAUGUAAUUUGAAGUGUUCCCCACACCCUGGACUUGCCCCUAGUGAACUUCUAACUGGCUAGAUCUUAAUUAGGGCCUGGCUACUCAAGCAGGACUGUCACACAAAAAUGUGCGUUCACGAUUUGGCUACAGAGCACAUAGGCUGCUCUUCCCACUCGACUUAGAGCGUCAGCUGCUUUGCUUUAAAGAGACAUGUUAAUCCCACAACCUCAUUCUGGUACCAAAGGUUUGAGAACAUUCAUUUCUCCUACGACAUCUUUUAUGAGCCUCCCCCAUAAAGAUCUCACCUUUCUAUUCCUAAGUUAGAAUGGUGAAUCAUCUUUCCUGAAAAUGAGCCCUAUUAUAACACAUCCUUUUAUCUUUAAAAUUAAAGUUUGUAAGUGGCAUUCUGUGAUGGUGUGUACCUUGGCUGGUGAACUUUUUCAGAUUAAGAAAGGAACCACCUCAGAAUUAGGACCAAUUUUUCAAAAAACAUAGAAUGAUGAACAUUUUCUUCAGCUGUAUGAUCCUAUUAUAUUUGAGUUGAAAUUGAAAACUUCAUAUCCUAUGCCUGUAUUUGUUUAGUUCUUAUGACUUAUCUACUGGGUAUAUUUUAACUCCUGACACAAGGGUCAAAACUCAUAUUUAAGUUCUUAGUGUUACCUUCACUAGCAUACCAUGUCUUCCCCAAGUUAUUAUCUCGAGCUUUAUAAAUUCUUCUAGGCAAAAGGACAGCUAUGAUUAGAGACCUGGAUUUUAGCCAUUGAAGUCUGUAGACAUAGCCAGGUGGCCCAAGCUGAGACCAGAGAGGAAGGCCAUGUGCUGCUGUACCCUGCCUGGCUCCACUGCUGUGACUAGUCAGAUACCUACUAGAUAUAUUUGUAGGGAGAGUCCAUAGUCAUAUCUGUUAUUUAUGAACUGCUAAUAUAUUUAAAUGAGAAGAAAAAAGCUAGCCUUCACUGUAACCAAAAUCAAGUAAUAAGCCCUAUCCCUAAUGACAUUUCAGAACCUUCAGAUCACGUCUGACAUGCCAGUCCAAAAUUGUUCAGGCCAGUUGUCUGGCAUUUGUAAAGGUUGUUUAUCCCGGAGCUCUUGAGACUGUCGUCUGAACUGCUUUGGGUCUUUUAGCCUCGUUCCUUGUCGUAACCUAUGCUCCUGACCAAACCUGGCCACAAAGGCAAGAUCCGAAUCUAUCACCCACGUAUGAAUAAUAGCCUAGAGCCCAUGUCUGGCUUUUGAGCUCCUGUAAGAAUUCCUGCUAUUGUGGAAAGUAUCCCCCUAAUUCAAAUAAAACAGUCCUAUAAUUUAUGGCAUGUUUUACUGAAUCGGUCCAACAUGUUGGCACUUGAAGGCUCAGCUAAGAAAUGUGUCUGGUGUCUUAAACUACAGAUUUCUGAUGACUCUUAAAACUGGUUUCAAAGAUUGCGAAAAUAUUUAGACUAAAGAGUUGUACUUGAAGUGGGACUCCAUUUAUAGCUAUAGCACGUGGUUUUGAGCACUGCAGAAUUUUGCACAGACACAAGCAUGAUGCCAAUACUUUAGUAGUUGCCAACAUUCGCAUCUUUUAAAAAUUUUGUGAAAUGACAUUGACUUAUGCACAUUUGAGCAAUCCAGCAAUGCUUUAGAAGUCCAGGCAACGUACAAAAUAUAUCGAGACCUAAUUUUACUUUCCACAUUGCUUCUUCAAAGCCAGGUGAAUAGGAGUUUUAGUUGUAUUGGCUCAUAAGAUUUUUUAAAUUACAAAGUGCAUGACAACAACCAAAGCCAACCCAGUCCUUCUCUUGGCAUUGUGAAUUGGGGACCUUUAGCCAACACUUGACUCAUUUGACUGUUUGUCUAGACGAGGGGCCUGCAAAAUUUUCCUGUAAAGACGCACAGAGUAAAUAUUUUUGGGUCUGUUGGCCAAUGUUGCUUGUCGCAGCCACUCAGCUCAGCCAUGAUAGCAUGAAAGCAAUCAUAGAUGAUACGUAAUGAAUGAGCACGGCUGUAUGCCAGUAAAACUUUAUUUACAAAACAGGUGGUCAGCCCUAGGCCUGUAGUUUGCCAAGCCCUAAUCCAGACUCCCUUGCCCUUGCUAUGCAGUGUCUUUCUUGUUCCUUGGACAUUCAGGAGUUGAAAAAGUGGCACUUCAUGGUCCAUGACAAACUAGGAUGCUAUGGCAUGGUGGAGCCAUGUCUUGAUAUUUACAUUAGGAUCUUGUUGCUUAUAUAAGAUACAGAUGGAAGUGGUGAGUUCAUUAUGGGUGCCCAAGUUUCUCUUGAAAGCAGUGGUUCUUUUGUGAGCACCACUACCUGAACGGGAAGAGCCUUUCCAGUCCCAUAGUCCAAGUUGAUAAUAGCCUCAGAAGCGCGUACGAGCUACCUUUCAUCAAAGCAGAGGACUUUACCAUCUGAUUGUUUUCACUUUAAGUGUUUGCUUAGUCUAUAACCAUAAUACUUUCACUACCAGAAUCACUUGGGAAAAAAAUACAAUAAAAACUUCUCAAGCAGUGA